AUGGAGCUGUAUACGAUGUGUGAUGCGGUAUCGGCUCAGGUUGGAGGAUUGCCAGAUAGCGUUCUGCGACCGGCAAUGUUGCACACUCUGCAAAGGCAUCUUACUGAGGCACAAACUGCUUGGAUGAGGGAACAUCUGCAAGAUUUGAUAAAGGGCUGGAAGCAAGAAGUAAGAAGAGAAACCUUUGUUGACCGGCCAACAUUGGUCCAGAUGAAGGCUGCUGAGUAUGUCCCGGUGGCACCAAGUAGGAAACGAUUCAGGGGGAAAAACUCAGCAGAAUCUCGUGCCGGUCGUGUGAUGAUGGGUGUAGGUGCCUUACUGGAAGCUCAACGUCAAAAAAUGGUAACCGAAGAAGGCGAGUUAGAAGUGGAAGAAGACGAGCAAGGCAAUAUCAUGCUUGGCGGAGAAGCACUAAGUUUUGAAUCAUGGGCCAAGUUAACCAAAACAAACCAACCAGACAUCGUUUGUGCGAGGUUACCAGGUGAUGAACCGGAAGCUAAAAAGCCGAAACCCGAAGAGCACGAAUUUAAAAAGCUGAAGUGGGUUAUUAUUUUCCCAUCAGUUGCUCUUUUUUUUCUGAGGAGCCUGUCAAAUAUUCCACCCCUCACCUACAUGGUGUUUCUGAUAGAUAAGCUUUGCAGGCAAAGUCAAAAGGAAUGGAAAGAGAAGAGGAUGGGCGCUAAGAAGAUGCGAAUUAUGCAACAAGCACGUGAUGAACUGGAAGCGCUGAAUAAGGAAACACAAACUCCAUAUGACGUGUUGGGAAAUGUCCUCUCAUAUAUUUAG